AUGGCAUUCAGUAAUGAUAGCACAGAGGAAGUUUUACUGAUAUAUCAGCAAAUAUUCCAGGUUGGACUGACUGAGGGACCAAUAUCAAAAGUCACUUUUUCAAUUUUAAUGUCUCUGUUCUUUAUCUAUUUGAAUGCUAUCAUGGUCUAUACUCUUAGGAGUAAGCCUGUUUUUAAAGAGACGCCACGCUACAUUUUGUUUACACACAUGCUUCUAAAUGACUCAAUACAUCUCCUUUUUUCCUCUUUGUUGUAUAUCUUUGGUCUGGCUUAUCUGAAGUUAGUCAUGGCUGCUUGUGCUUUUUUAGUUUUUGUUUCAGCUACAACUUUUAAUAACGCACCUUUAAACCUUGCUGUGAUGUCACUAGAGCGUUAUGUGGCUAUACGCUUUCCUCUAAGACAUGCUGAAAUAGCCACUCAGAAAAGAACUUAUAUUGCUAUUGGAAUUAUUUGGUUUAUUGGUUCUAUAAACUUCAUAAUUGACUUGCUGUAUGGAGUAGUGGUGGAUUCCAGCCUUUUCACAUCACAAAUUUUUUGCACAAGAGAAAGGCUUUUCUUAAAGCAAUGGCAGGUAGAUGUUAAUCGAGGCUUUAGCAUAUUCUACUUUGUGUCAGUGUCUGUGAUCAUCAUUUUCACUUAUAUCAGCAUAUUGAUCACAGCCAGGUCCAUUUCAUCCAAUAAAGACUCUGCUGCAAAAGCUCACAAGACCGUGCUGCUGCACAUUAUUCAGCUGGGCCUGUGCCUCACCUCUUUUCUCUAUAACAUUAUGGAGCGAGCUGCAGCAAUGGCUGGCAGCAGCAGCCUCUUUUUGGAUUUGCGUUAUCUGAAUUAUUUAUUUGUGCUGAUCUUACCACGCUGCCUAAGCCCACUCAUCUAUGGACUGAGAGACGAGGCUGUACGACCUUUAUUUAUCUACUAUUUCCGCUUUGGCACAUGCAUUCACAAGUCUAUAGUCAAUGUACGCUGAAUUGAAGCAAUGUUCAGAUGUUUAAGCAUGCUUGUUAACUUUUAUUUAAGAUUGUAGGAAUGGUUACACAUAGUUAUCAACUAAGUUAAUUAUUUUAUAAUCAGUUAAUUACAUUAUUAUUGUCCAUUUUUUAUUGUCCUUUUGUUUAUUUUUUCUCUCAUGAAUAUUUGUCACAAUAGUGCAUGUUUAAAAUAAAAGUCUCACAACUCAAGGCUAUAUGUGAUAACUUAAGAUUAUUUUACAAGAACAGAUUUACAGAGGUAGGUUAACAUGCAGGACAAAUUAAUAAAUGAAUGAUUAAGUACAUUUAAAAAUGUUUCAUUCUAAUGAUUUGUACAGGAUUAUGAGGUUUUGGUCAUAGCUAUAACUGUGUCAGGUUUCACUGACUGAGGGGACAAAGUCGGUUUUGCAUGAAUAAUGUUGCAGUACUUUACUUAUUUAAAAUAGUUUUUAAAGAAAUAACACAACAUUCUGUUUAACCACUUGAUUCUUUU